AUGGCUGAUCUCAAGUACAAGCGCAUCGAAGCUGGUGAAAACCGGUUUUCAGAACUGCCGGUGGAGAUUCGCCAGAUGAUCUGGAAGUACGCCUUGACUACAGACCACGGCACCAUUGGCACGUUCAAGCAAGAGAAUGGGAAUGUAGUCAUUUGCGGAGGACGCAGUUAUGACAUGGAGACACCCGUCAAUCGCAUCUUCGAGGUAUGCAAAGCUUUCAAGAUCGAACAUCUGUAUAUGGAGCUGUUCUACAACCAUCUGUACGUCGAUUACACCGGAAGCAAGGUCCUGAUGAACGUACUACGCGCCAGCAAAUCGGUACUCAAGGAAACCAAGCGCCAAGUUACGUACAUGACAAACUGGCGCAUGUACGUGGCACCGCCAAAUCUCCUGGAUGACCUUCUUGUGUACGGGAAAGAGAAUCCCAACAUCACGAUCAAUCUUCCGGUGUGGGGUUGGAGGCUCAGAAGCAUGCAGCCAAACGAUAUUCGCGACUUCAUCCAGUUUGGUUGCGAUCUUCGCCAUGCGAUCAGAGGAAACGGCGGCGAUAAGGCAAGGUUUUCUUCGGUAGCGAAGAUGUGGAGGGGCAGUAGAGAGUUGGCGGAUAUCGAUGUAUCCAAUGUUCGGUUUUUUCCAUUGAUGGACGUCAAGGGCAAUGAAAGGGAGGUAUGGAGUGAAGGGGAGUGGAAUAAAGUCAAGAAUGCUUGCAGUGUGAAGGCGUUCAAGGACUACCUCCGGGGCUAUGAUCGCUUCUCAAAGAGCGAUGCUCUAGACAAGUUAGUUGCCGACGUUAAGGACUACCACAGGAACGGAAUCUGA